CAAGAAAUAUUUUUUUGCAUGGCUUUAUAGAUUUCGAAACCAACUGAGAAACCCUACUAUGUCACCUAGAACUUCAACUCAGUUGGAAUUCGGUUUUAAUGAAUUUCUGUGCCACCCCGAUGGAUUUUCGUCAGAAAGAUAAAAUAUCUCGCAAUGCUCAGGGGCUCCAUGAAAGUUCUCUCUAGUUUGUAAAAGAUUAAAUGAUAACAAGAUAACAACUGCGAAGGUUUCUUUUUCUCCAACCAUAAUCAUUUAAACCGUGGAUAUAUUUUGAAAAGGAAAUGCUACUUUUUGCUUUUAUUAUUCCCACAUGUUUGUUACCGAUCGUUAUUAAUGGAUAUCUUAGGCCUUCCUACCAAGUGCAAUUAAAUAGCAAAACUAGUUCAGGAUAUUUAAUUGAAAAUAUAUGUUAUGGUAAUAUUCUGCAAAGUCAUAUUGUCUUAACAGCAGCAUCUUGUUUGUUGACUGUUUCUGAAUUUCCUUAUGAGACAAAACUCAUUGAAAUUGAUAAACUAUCAGUCUCUAUUAAAAGUGAAGAUACGAAUGAUUUUACAGUUUUUGUUAGUAGCAUUCAUAUUUAUGAUAAAUUUAAUUAUUUGACUAUGGAUCACGACCUUGCUCUGAUAAAUCUAAGUUCACCGCUUCCAUUGUCACUGCGUGAUGACGUCACAUGGAUUUUUUUGCCGCAAGCUGUAGUAUAUACGGACUUUGUCUUGGGAGAAGACACUAAUAUCUGGUAUUCUUACACCGAACAAAAAUUAAGAGGAUAUGGUGUACUAUCUGGAAAGGAUUUAGUGGCAAUUGUAACACUUGCUCCCCGCAUGGAUAAACUGCGUGAUGAAAAUGACAAAAAUAUUAUUGAUGGAUAUCAAAAUCAAAUAACCUUUCUUUUUCCAUAUUUGAGUUGGAUUUUUGAAAUCUUAGAAGACGCUGAGAUCAAAGAUAUCCAAUCGAAUUUUUCUACUGGUUCCCUACCGUAUACCGAGAGGGAAACUGACAAAAUGGGUGAAUAUGAAAAGUCUGGUUCGCUGAUAAGUGCAGCACAUCCCUAUAGAGCGAACAGAACUGUGAUAUUGAUAUUAAUAUUAGCUGUAAUUACAGUUAGUUGUUUUUUAUGUAGUUCUGCUUAAA